AUGUCUACUUGGCAACAACAUGCACUGCCGAAUACAACUUUACUUAAUAAUUCCAGUCAAAUUGUGAAUAAUCCAAAUACACAUAGUAGAACAAAUUCUGUGGAAGUACACGAUAAUUUAGGAGAAAUUAAUCAUACAUCGGCGCUUUCAGGAGACUUCGGAAAUCUCUUUAAUAAAUCAGAUUACAGUGAUAUUGUCUUGAUUGUUGAAUAUGAACAAUUCUAUGCACAUCGAAUCAUCCUAGCAGCACGGUCGGAAUACUUUCGUGCUUUACUCUACGGAGGCCUUCGUGAAUCUCAACAUAGUCAUAGUUCCAUUGAAAUUAAAGAAUGUAAAUCAGCGGCAUUCCGAAUUCUCCUACUGUAUAUCUACACUGGACGUAUUAAUUUACUCAAAGAAAAAGAAGAUAUUUUACUUGAUUUACUUGGACUUGUACACCAGUAUGGGUUUCAACAACUCGAAACAAGUUUAUCCACAUAUUUGAAAUCAAUCCUAUCAUUAAAAAAUCUCAAUUCAUCGAUAAUCAUGCCAAUGAAAUCAUCAAAACAAACGAAUUUCUAA